CAGUUAGUCGAGAGUUCGAAAACUGAACGUAACAGUGUACACUAGGCAUGGCGCGUUGGUAGGGAAAAUUUUACUCAAACAAAAAAUGUACAUUAAAUUAAGGAAUUGAAAAAGUCUUGAACUCCAUUCCCGAAAUUAAAAUAAACAAUAAAUAACACCAAGAUGCAGGCUCUUAUGUCCGAAAUUAAGAAUGCGGUGGUCCUUCUGGAGAAUGAUACCGAACCGGAUGAGCUGCAUAUGAGAGCCUGUAUGGCCAUUACUAUACAAUUGAUGAAAGACCUAAGAAACACAAUCGUUGAGAGUGGAAUGUACAGUGAGCAGAUCAUAAGUCAUACCUCGAAAGUCCUGGUGGAAUCUCGCAUAAAGUUGGCAUUUCUUUUUAGGAGUGUGCCAUGCCAUGCCGAAGGAGACACGGUAACUCCAGAGGUGCAGCGCUGUUUCAUAAAGGUCAUGAAUGCCGUUAUCGCCCAGUUUGACAACAUCAUCAAAGAAUCCUCAAUGAAAGAGAAUAUGGGGGAUAAUGAGGUACAAGGGAACCGAAGGAAAUACACCAAAACCUGAAGCUCUUUAAGAAAAUUACCGCCAAACGAAGAAGCGAAAUUGAAGAUAGUUCAAAGAAUAAACGUUGCUCCAAACAUCUAGAUCAUCAGAACAUCAGAUGCGAUGGAGGCGAUGCCACGGACAUUUAUUCGUCCAAACUGUCUAAGAAUAGUUUUGAUAGUCAGCACCAGAUCUCCGACUGCUGGUCAAAGGGGAGUCAUUUUAAGGAGGUUGACGGAGGGUCAAGUUGGAUUACCGAAAGUUCGCAAGACCAGCAAUUCCAGAAAGACAGUCAGUCAAAUUCCACAUCUGCCGAGUUUAGCUUCAUUAACUUAAUGGAACAAAAAUCCGAUGCAACGUGGGAGGGUUCCUUUCAGAGCAUUGAAAGCCAAAAAACUUUAAAAAUGAAGAGUCCCGAAAACCUGCAGAAUUUCCAUAUUCAGAAGGACAACUCCAAGCAUCAGAAGAGUUUUACUUGCUCAGAUUUUAAAGUUAAAGAUUUGCCGCAGCUGGAUAAAGAUAAAAGCCAAACGAGUUUGACAACCGAGAUAGAGGAAAACCUACGGACUAAGAGGAGUUCCACUUCCUCCGAUUUUGUACUCAACGACCUAUCAGAAAUGGAAUCCAAUGUUGCAUUGGUGGGAUCGUAUCAGAACAUCGGAGAUCGAGAUCUGCAGGUUUUGUGGGUCAAAAAAGCCCAGCCUAUGAAUCAGAUGGAAUGCACUCAUUCCGAUUUGUUACUGAAGGACCUGCCGGAGCUCAAAUCCAAUGUAGCAAUGCUAGGUUCUUUUCAGAAAGUUGAUAGACAAAAAAGUUUACGGAUGGAGAGUCAGGAAGAUCUUAACGUUUUGUGGGUACAGAAUAAACAGCCUCUGAUUCAGACCAGCUCUAGCUCUACCUGUUCGGAUUUUAUUACUAAGAACCUGCCACAACUGGAAAAAGAUAAAAGCCAAACAAGUUUGACGACUGAGAGUCCGCAAGUCCUGCAGGUUCAGAGUAGCCUUAAAUCUUCACAUUCCCUAUUCAAGGAUCUGCCACAAAACGACGGAAAUCUGGUAAUAGAACAGCCUGUGAUUCAAACAGUCUCCGCUUCUUCCGACUUAUUCAAGGACCUGCCGCAGCCAGAGAAAGUUGAAAGCCAAACGAGUUGGUUGACCGCAUGUACACACAAUACUCUUGGGAUUCAGAAAAGCUACAAGCCUACCGAUUUUAUUAUCAGGAAACUACCACAGUCAGAGAAAGAUAAAAACCAACCGAGUUUGACAACUGAAAGUUCGAAAGACCUGCAGUUUUUAUGUGAUUAUAAGGAAAAGACUAUAUCUCAGACGACCUUUACAUUUUCAAACCCCCGAUUCAUGGAUCUUCAUCAAAACGACGGAAAUGAAACAAAUAUGAGAAUCGAGCCCAUGAUUCGGACUGUCCCCACUUCUUCCCACUUAUUCAAGGACCUGCCUCAGCCGCAGAAGGUUGAGAACCAAACGAGUUGGACGAUCGCAUAUUCACAAAAUACACAAGGGAUUCAAACAGACUCCAUAUCUUCCGAUUUUAUAAUCAAGAAUAUGUCCAAAACGGAAACGGAUGUGGCGUCUGUAGGCUCCUUGAACAAUAUGGACAGCAAAAUAAGUUUGUGGAUGGAGAGUCGGCAAGACCUGCAAUCUCAGAAAGAAAAAUCAAAAGAAUUUCCGCAGCCGAAAAAAGAUAAAAGCCAAAAGAGUUUGAUUCACACAGACUCCACUUCUUCUGAUUUUAUUACUAAGAACCAGCCACAACUGGAAAAAGAUAAAAGCCAAACAAGUUCGACGACUAAGAGUCCGCAAGUCCUGCAGGUUCAGGGGAGCCAUAAAUCUUCACAUACCCUAUUCAAGGAUCUGCCGCAAAACGACGGAAAUCUGGUAAUAGAACAGCCCGUAAUUCAAACAGUCUCCGCUUCUUCCGACUUAUUCAAGGACCUGCCGCGGUCGGAGAGUGUUGAAAGCCAAUCAGGUUGGAUUACCGAAAGUGCACAAGACCUGCAGUUCCAGAAAGACAUGCCCAUGAUUCAGUCAGGCUCCAUCUCUUCCGAUUUUAUCAUACGCAACUUGACGGAAUCGGAGUACGAUGGGGUGUUUAAUAAUUCCAUUCAGAACACUGAAAGCAAAAGAACUCUGAGGACGGAUAGUCGAGAAAACCUGCAGGUUUUGCAAUCUCAGAAAGAUAACUCCAUGGAUCAGGCGGACUUUACAUCAUCAAAUACCCGAUUCAAGGACUUGCUACAGACCGACGGAAGUGAAACAAAUUUGAGAACCGAGAGUCGGCCGAUAGAACAGCCCAUGGUUCAGGCAGUGUCCACGUCUUCUGAUUUUAUAUUCAAAGACGAGCCAGAAAAAGGAAAACCCCACAGAAAUUAAGGAUCGAGGGCCUGGAUGACGUGUCGGUCUUGAGAAGCCAGAUAGACAAGCGUUGGAGUCAGGGCUAUAGCAAUAUUAUAUUGGAGAACCUAAAUGAACUGGAAUCCAAUAUGGCGUUGGCAGGAUCCGAUAGUGAUUUAAGGAGGAAAAGUGGACAAGACCUGCCGGCAUCCAAUUUGUCACUCCCGAAAGAAGUUAAAAGAAAAAUGGUAACCGAAAGUUCGACAUCCCUGCAUGAGUUAUGGGUUAGGACAGACAAUCCCAUGGUAUUCACGAGCCCCUCUUCUUCCUCUUCUAUCUCAGUCAACAAAACAAACUCGUGCCUUAAGUCCCUCAAGAACUCAGUUUCCGAGAUAAUACCUACUGCAAACCGGAGUCUUGAGAUCAAGAAGCCAAAAUCAGUUUCAAGUUUCUUUUCUGUGGGAAAAACAUUUGGGGACCAUCGUUUGCGGCUGCUCCGCUGGUGUCAGGAGAGAACGAGAGACUAUGGGGUUCCUCUGUACGAGUUCAGCGAGUCCUGGCGCAAUGGUCGUGCCCUGGUCGCCAUCAUUUACUCAUACCGCAAGGAUUUAAUUGAAGAUCGUUUUAACCCAGAGAACCGUCUAACCAAGCAGUCGCCAAGGAAAACCCUUUUAUGCGGUGCCAAUGCAGCCAAAUCCCUGGGAGUGAACAGCAAAGUGGACAUUGUCCAGGUGUGUUUGAAGAAGGUACCAGAUUACUUCAAGGUCUAUACAUUCGUAUGUGAACUGCAGCGCUGCCUGGAGCCAAGGCUCGGAUAAUACAGUUUUUAUUGUUUUUAUUUAUUUAAUAAAAUAUAUAAUGGUUC